AUGUAGAAAAAUCCUUAAAAUAUAAUUAACAAAAAAAAGAAGACUUACAUAUUAGAUAGAUAUAAUAGUGUUUUUUAAUCUAGAUAUAACCAUACAGCCGUAGAAUAUUUACCAAAUAAGAUUCUAGUUUUCGGAGGUGAAAUUGUGGAUUAUAAUUAAACUCAAUCAAGAUUAAAAAACAACAAGAUUUUUUUAAAUGAUACCGUUAGUUUUGACAGUGAUUUUUUUUAAUGGAAAUAUCAUUUUUGUAAAGGAGAUUUAAUAGAAGCCAGAAAAAAUCAUUCCGCAUGUAUGAUUGGGAAUGAUUAAAUGAUUGUUAUUGGAGGAAUUAAUAAUGAUGGAAAAAUUUUAAAAGAUGCUUUUAUUUUAAAUACUAAAAAGUUUAUUUGGAAAAAUAUAAAUUUUAAAAAUAAUAAAAUUUUUUAAAAUGGAAUUGCUUUUCAUUAAACUUGUUUUGUUUCUGAGGAUAAUUCUGUUAUUUAAUAAUCUGUUGUUAAAAAUUAAAGUUUUAAAUAAGAUUAAGCUAAAGAGAUAGGACUUUUUUUGUUUGGAGGAAUUGAUGGAAAUGAUAAUUAUAUUAAAAAUUAAAUGUUUUUACUAAAAUUUAAAAAUGAUAAUUAUAAUUGGAUUGAAGAAGUAAAUACUAUAGGAUAAUUACCAAGUAAAAGAUGUAUGCAUUCAAUGAAUUACUUAUAAUCAAUGUAAUUAAUUAUACUUUUUGGAGGCAAAUAUGAAACUUAAAAAUCAACUUUUUUUUAUAAUGAUUUACAUGUCUUAAAUUUAAGAAAUUUAGAAUGGAUUUAAGUAAAUAUAUGUGGAUAAAAGGCUUAAAAUAGAGCUAUGCAUUAAUGCUUUAUAAAUUAAAAAAGCCUAAUUAUUUUUGGAGGAUAUAAUGAAGACGGGCUUUUAAAAACUAAUUUAGAAAUUUUAGAAUUCGAUUAAAAAAUUGUAAAAUAAAUAAAUGAACAAGAAAAACAAAAGUAAGAAAAUUAAUAUAAAAUCAGAAAUAGCAAAUAGAUUGAUAUUGAUAUUAAUUUAUAAUUAAAAAAUUAUAAUGAAAAUGAUGAUAAUAAUAAUAAUAAUAAUAAUAAUAAUAAUAAUAAUAAUAAUAAAAAAAAUAAUAAUUAUAUUAAUUAAUUAAAACUAAAAUUAAAUAAUACUAUAGAAAGUUUAUUAAUUUCAAAUAGUUUAUAAGAUAAAGCUAAUUAUUUGAAUAUACCUAUUUCGGUAUAAAAAAUAGAAAAAUAGUUUUAAUGA